AAUGAAUUCGAUUACUUGUGUGUUUGUUAAACAGAGCUUAAAUCUUGCCAAUUCUUGGGUGGUAAUGGUGGUGGAGGCGAUCAAUCUCCUAACAAAUCUAAAUCAACAAUAUAA